AUGUCCCCGGCGUCCGGCACGGCGCGGGGGAAUUCGUCGACCGCGAUCCCUCUCUCGGCGCUGCGAGUCGGCGACAUGCGCAACGGGAUCGUCAAGGUCUCCGCGCCCCCGUACACGGUAAUGUUCUCGGACCUCGAGCUCAUCCGCGACGUCUACGAGGAGAUGUCGGGCUGCGCGCAUGCGCGGGGCACGGCGGACAUCACCCCUGCGGCGUUCAAGCGGUACAUGCAGAGGGACAGCGUGGCGGGGGGCAUGCUCGAGCGCAAGGAGAGCAGCGACAGCGGCACGCCCACGCCGCGCUUCGCGGCCAGCAAGCAGCGCAAGCAGCGCGUCGCGGAGGUGGUGGCUCAGCUCGACAAGACGCUGUAUGCCAAGCUGGACCGCGAGGGCCAGGCGCACGUGACGCUGGAGGACCUCCUCGCCGUGUGGUACCCGAACCUCCCCGCCACGGACCUCGGCAUGCUGGCGCUCAAGGUGAUGCCGGAGACGCCGGCUCUGCCCAUCGACAGACCUCUUGCUGCCAAGCUCGUGGCGAGCCACGGCAACCACCUCAAGGACCUCGGCGCGACGAACCCCGACACUGUGCCGAGCGCGGUGAUGAUGUCCAGGCUGAAGCGCGACCUCGAAACGCGGCUGCAGCGCGCGUUCUUCACGUGGGCCAUCUCCCUCCUGCAGCUGCAGCCGCACGAGCCGUUGUACGCGUCGCAGGUCGACACCGCGCUGAAGAAGGCCAUCCGGCUCUGGUGCGACGGCAAGGCUCCCGACGAGAAGCUUUUGCUGGCGGGCGCGGAAGACAACAACUUCAGCGACUUCUCCCACAAGGUGGACCCCGUCGCCAUGCUGGCCCAGUACUCGCAGCGUCGGGACAAGAUCAUAAGCCGCAAGUUCUGA